CACACACACACACCCCUAGUACAGUAGUGUUCUAUUGGAUCUAUCGAUACAUGUUGUAUUUAGAUAGCAAAAAAUGACAACAUACAAUUUAGAUGAAACUAGCUUUCCUUUGUAUGGUAUUCAAGCUAUUAAUGCAAGUAUGUUUGUUGUUGCAGGUGGUGGUGGUUCAGCAAAAACAGGUGUAAAGAAUGCUGUACGCGUUUACAAACUUGUACAGAAUGGCAAAUCGUAUAAAGCAGACACUAUUUGCGAAGUUGAAACAGGUAGUCGAGCUGUGAUGAAUUUACAUUUAAGUCCUUCAAGAACUGUCCUGGCAAUUGGAAUGGACCACUUAUGUCAAUUUUAUAAUAUAAAAUGCAUUGAAGCUGAUGGGAAGGAAAGUUUAUCUUUAACAGCAACAAAAAGUGUAGAUACAGUUCCAGUAGCGAGAGGUGAUGAUGAUGGGGAAUAUCAAAAAUGUGUAAAAUUUACUCCUGAUCAAAAACAUGUUAUAACUGCUGCAAGUGAUGGGAGCUGUAAGAUAUUUAAAUAUCCUUCACUAGAGGAAAAAUUUCACAUUAAAAAAGCCCAUUCUGAUGAAAUUGAUGAAAUUGAUGUUCAUCCAAACUCCAAGCUUUUUGUCUCAGUUAGUAAAGAAUCGAGUGCUGGAUUGUGGAGGAUUUCAGAUGGCAAGAAGGAGCUAGAAUUACCCUUUUCAUUAGACAAAAAAGAUGAAGAUUUUUAUAGAUUUAGAAAUUGCAGGUUUGUUGAAAGCAAAGAUUCUGAUCGUGUUUACCUAUUUUCAACGAAUAUACCACGUAAAUACUCCAAAGGCAACCCAGUCAACUGUUUAGUGAAAUGGAACACAAAUAAAUGGAUACCUGAACAGACUGUAUUUAUCAAACACACGUUAUCUGCUUUGAAUGCUAGUGGUAAUGGAAGAUACGUAGGUGUUGGAACUGCAGACGGCUCAGUUUUAAUCUAUAUUUCGUGGAAUAUGAGGCAUCUGAAAACUAUUAGUGGCGUACAUGAUAUUUUUGUUACCGGGUUGUCGUUCAUACCUGAAAAUAAAGAGCUUUGUGAAAGCAUGAAAAUGGAUGCUGGAAUACUUAGUUGUUCGAUCGAUAAUAAAUGCCAAGUGACGUUAGUACGGAGCAGAAUGGAAUUUUCAUUCAGCGUGUUGUUCUUCUUUUUCGUGCUUGUUGUCAUGGUGAUUUUCAACUGGAUCACGUAUUUCGAUGUUGAAUUCUAAAGAUUUAUGGGAAAAUGUUUGACCUCCAGUACACCAUCUUCCGCCAUCUUGUGUAUUUAGCUCGCGCAACAACCGCCAAUGACUUUAUGGAAAAAACCUGUCACUUCUGAAGUUCUCGAAAGUUAUCUUACAAUUUUUCUCUGCAUGUCAACAUUUUUUAUUUAGCUUUUUUUUCAAGGAUACCAGUGAAGUCGCGUAACAAUCUGAAAAGGGGGCCUUUUGGUAACGAUUACCUUCAGUUUAAAUAAACUGAGGGUGCGAAUCGUCGUUUUUCUAGGAGAUACAAAUUCAUUUACUUUGUCAACAUUUUUUUAUCAACUUCUAAAAAACUUGAAAGGCGUAGUUAGCACAUCUUUCAAUGCUUUAGAUAAAAUUAUUCUUUUGAAUUUUUGUAAAUAUUAUAGGUUUAUAUUUAAGUGAGACGGGGAAUAAAAUGAAUUGUCAGUUAUGUUUCGUUAGCUUUGUUUUCUGUGAUGUCUCCCACUUUCAGUCAUAACAUAGAAGUUUUAUGCAAUGGCUGAUGCAAUUCUGUGCUCAUACAUGCUUUUUUAAAAGAAUAGUGUUUUUCGUUUCAACGUGAAUGUUCUUAACUUUUGGGCAAAAAUCAUCCUGAUGUAUUCAUAGUAUAUUCCUAGUACUGUUAAGAUUGAAAGAUCUAACUGAUGGAUUAAGUGCCCCUGUCGAAUAAACGCCCCGGAGUUAGGGAAAAUUUUGUAAAUAGGCGCCCCUGCUCUAAUAA